AAUGGUUUGUUUUUAUUUUUUAAUAUAGGGGUUGGAGACUCAAUGUUAAUGGGGUCAUUUAAUAUGUUAUUUUUAGCGCUUGAUAUUCAUCUUGAUAUCGGUUCGUACCUGAGAGUUUUUUGCAUUAUUUGCCCGCUUGAAAAAAUUAAAUUCCGUGUGAUGAUUAAUUAUUCCAAAUGUUUUUUCUUUCUUACAGAUUGUAAUUUCAUUUUUUUUAAAUAUUAUAUUUUAUUAUAUUUUAUUGACUUAAAAAUUAAAAUACAACCGAUUCGAUUCGAGCGAAUAAUCGAUAGAACUUUUUGGCGCCAUUAUCGUUGCUUGUCAGUAACGAGUUUGCAAAGCAGACGACAGCAGAACAAGAUGGAAAUGGAAUUUUUUGAAAACAGCUAGUUAACUAGUUUGCUAUUAAGAUUUAGGAGUAGAAAUUAGGAACUUAACAGCUGCCUACGACAAGAAUAAGAAUAACGUUCGACGCAUACACAUUUUAGCAAUUUCAAGGUUAAUAACAUGUAAUUUGUCACUUGUUAUAAGAAUUUUAGCGUUAGGUCACGUGCUCUACGACCACUUUAUCGUAAAAUUCACUGAACAUUCAAGAAAUUGUAAGUAACAAAAUAGUUGGAAUCAACAAACUGGUUAAAAUCUGAAGCACAGAUAUUUGCUGAUUGAAGUAGUUUGAAGUUAACCUUCUCAUCGGGUACCAGCAGUGCAAAACUGCCACAGCAGCAAGCUUGUGUCUUUAUCGGUCUUCUCAGCCAAGGACCAACAUUAGAAGACAGAUGAUCAACUGAGGACUUGCAUGUCCCAGCAGAAUCACCCAUAGUAAAAAUAAGCUCACGUUUUUGUUUUUUCUCAUAGCAAACACAUGCUACACUCGAUUUGAUUUCGAAUUCUUUUUCUGAUUUUUUCUAGGCGUUAAAAUAUCUCGUACGUGUUUAUUAUUAGAAAUAUGAGCCAAUGUAAAUAUCGUGUUCCUGACAAAGUCAAUCGACAGACGAGACAAAUAAACAAAUGCAGAUUUUAGCUAUGAAACGGGAGGGAUAUCAUUUAAGCUUGAACCGCUUAUUAUGAAAAAUAGCUAGGCUGCAGGCUGUAAUUCAAUUCCUACGCAUUUCUGAUAAGAAUUAGCUAUGACAGUUUUUUUGCUGGUGUCUGUAGCUGCGCGUGUAAUAAAAUCAGUUGCAUAUAAAAUGUACGCUACAGUUUGUCAUCGGUUGAAAAGUUGCAGUGCUUUCCUGGUGGCGUACUGACGUGUUGAAAUACCUCCUCCAGUAAAGUGUUGGAAGUGAUUAAUCAUGGGAUGGUAUUUUGAGAUUAUUUUAGGGAUCCUUGUGAUCAGCUGCACCAGUAAUGUAUGGGCGAAUUCGGAAUGCAACCCAGCGGAGUGCCGGCAUCUGCGGGAGCGCCUCGAAAAAUUAGAGACGGUCGUACGAGGAUUAAUUUCCAUCGUCGCAAAUAAGAAAACAGAAGAAGAAUUGACUGAAAUUCUGGCACUGUCUGCUUCGCUUGAUUCUUCCAAGAACUCGACUGUCCGAUCCGUUGAAGCUGAUCUGAAACAAAACCAAAAUGCAAUACUCUAUUUGAGGGGAGCAGUCAAAUGUUCUUUGGCCACCUUGUUGGACAUCAAUCAUGCAGAAAAUAAUUACAUAAAUCCUUCUGGGAAAAUUGAAGCUACGUUAGACGAGAACAACUCACUCCAAAUCGAGUGGACCCCACUUUCAGUUGAUUGUAUUAAAUUCAGUUCUGGAUUUUGGAUUCGGGUUUACGAUUCUAGCCCGAAGCAGCCGUCCACCGGUGAAAAUUACUUGGCCAUUCCCCAGAAAUGUUUGAAAAGAUUCAACGCCACAUUCUCCAUCGUCCUUUCCUCGUCUGCGUCGAAAUUCAGCGGGAAAACUUGCCAUUUCGAACUGAAAGAAGUUCUUGUUCAAUGUCACAUGUACACAAUCGAGGUUGUGCCAAAUUAUCAAUCGUUCAAAGGCAAACCAUUAUUUGCAGAAAUCGUUGUCCCACCUGCAAACGAUAACUCAACAAUAAGCAUGGAAUCGUUAUUAAGUUUUGAAGCAGAUUCCACUUCCUUGACUUUAAAAUGGAAGGACAAUUCUGAAUGUGCACCAGAACUGACUGCGCUUCAUCUAGAGAUAUUUCCAGAAGGCGAGGAGAGCGCUGAAAAUACCAGCGUGUUCCGUCAGAUCCGCAGUUUUUAUCACGGGGAGGCAGAGGAAACCAACAUAUUCUCACUGUUUUUUUCUAAGAUUGAUAUGUAUCCUCGUCGAUUUGUGCCGUUGGACCCAUGCCGAAGUUACCAAAUUCAAAUUACAUCUGAGUACUACGACACCUGGACAAAAGCACCAACUGUAUGGGAGAUUUUCACAGUGGACCGAGAAUUCACGCAAAUCAAUCCGGCUGUUGAAAAUAAUCAACAUGAUUGCCCAAGCGAUCAUUUUUACUGUGAUGACGAAUGCCAGCCAUCUCGUUGGAUUUGCGAUGGAAUCCAACAUUGCGAAUAUGUUGGAGAUGAUGAACUGUAUUGUAAUACGGAGUGUCGAAAUGGAUUCCGAUGUGGUCGACAGUGCAUCCCCUCUGCCUUAGUGUGCGACGGAGAGUACGAUUGCAUUGACCGUUCGGAUGAGAAUGACUCUUGCGAUUAUCGCAGUCAUCAGCAUGAGAGAUGUAGCCAAAUGACAACCUCUUCCGGGCAUUUAAAUUCGCAAAUGAUUAUGUGCCAUAGGGAUAAUGUCCAUCUCGUCUUCAAAAAAGUUGUAUCGAUAUCGGUGAAGAAAAACCACACAAUUUGGCUCAGUUUUAAAAGAUACGUUAAUCUUAGGAACCAGUCGUUAAAGAUUUAUGAUGGACCUUACUUGACGAGUCCUCUUCUUUUGUCUCAUAACGGAACUACGAAACCUCUGUCUAUGCGAUCAUCUUCCAACAAGUUGUACAUAGAGUUCACGGCUACGCAUUGCCAUAGAAACUUCAUGAUUGACAUAGAUUAUACAAGUAUGGACAUGAUGUCCAUGAAACUGGACCCGUUCGUUCCAGGAUGUGGAGGCUACGUCUAUGACAUAGGUGUCGUUUCAUCGCCAACUAGUCUUUCUGACAUCAACAACUUAACCGAAUGUAUCUGGUUUGUGGAAGCCGAUCAAAGCGAUAAAGGAAUCUUUUUGAAAAGAAAUCGCAGCACGAAUAUCACAACUAGUGAUGGACAAGAACAACUCAUCAUGACAGUAUACGACGGUUGGAACUCGACAGGGCAGGUGUUGUACGACGGAAAAGUUUCAUCUAGCCAUUCGACUAGUGAAAUCUUGUAUUCGAUUAGCCACAAAGUGAUGAUCAAAUUUACGCGGCCGACAUCAUACACUUCAGCGAAUACAGCCCACUGGGAUGUCGCCACCAUAUCAAUGGGCAAGGAGGAAGUUAUGGGGACAACUGGGAAAAUUGAAAGUCCAAACUAUCCAGCGGCUUAUCCAAAUUCGUACGAUUACCGCUGGAAUAUCAUCACUUCACCGGGAACAAAAAUUCAACUUCUAUUUGCCUUUUUUAAAACUCAAGAGAUGUUCGACUUUGUCCUGGUGUACGACGGGUCUACAGUGAAUUCACGGCUGCUUCUCGAGAAAUCCGGAUAUGAAUCGAUGCCUUUCACCAUCACCUCCUCGUCGAAUGAAUUACUCGUCAGAUUUACAUCGGACGAUGACGUCACAUUCCCAGGAUUUCUGGCGGUGCACUCAGCAGUUUAAAUAAUUUUAGUUUAUUCCGGGGGGAGUCAGUGGGGGAGGACUUAAUUUUAAUAGAAUCUUAAAAAAAAAAAACGGGAAAUUUGAAUCGUUUAGUAUUAAUUUUGAUGUCGGUUCAUUUUCGAGACGGUAGACUUUUUUUUUUUUUUGCCGAGGCCACUUGAAAAAUGAACUAUUCGAUUAAAUAUGGCAAUGAGUCUUUUCUUGUAAUAAAUAGAAAAAAAAAUCAAUUCGAUCGGGAAUGUAUAGUAUACAUUAUCUGUCUAGUAAAUUUGAUGAAAAACAAAGGCAAAACCGA